AUGAUUUGCGAUGUCCUUGCCACGAGGGGAGCGUUGGAUAAAUUGAUGGAAAAUCAGUCCACUGAUCCUUUUGAUGAUGAAGAAUUGAAAACUCUGAAAACAGUGAGAACUUUCCUUGAGCCUUAUUACGAACUUACUAAGAAGAUGUGCGCAGCUGAAGCUACGUGUUCGCUACUGCUUGCUGGAGGAAAACUUCUGUUGGCUAAAACGGAAAGCACUUGUAACGAGCCUCGCACCAGAUUGAAGCAGUUCGGAAGCAUACUGCUUAUGGAAACACGACGUCAGUUCGCUCCAUCGUUCGCUAAUGAAACAUUGCGCAUUGCUGCACUUCUUGACCCGCGCUUCGCAUACCUCGAAAGGAUAGCAUCUACAGAUGAGUGGAAAACAAUAGUCGAGAAACUCAUCGAAUCUAAGAUGGGUCACUCUUCAAGUAGUCAGGAAUCCCUUGAUAUUCCCACUUCUACAGCCAGGGACAAAGUAUCGUCUUUCUGGGAUCCCAUAGCAGACGCUGAGCCUGAGUCCAGCGCUAAGAGGUGCCUCUUAUCUGAUCAGGCACAGGAAUUGAUGAUUGAAGUGCAACAAUACUCAAUCCUACUAAAAAAGAGCCGACCGGAGAAAGACCUUUCUCCUUUUUUAUGGUGGAAGGAUCACGCUAAUGAAUUUCCAAUUCUUUCGAAGCAAGUGCCACACUACCUCGCCAUACCCGCAACCUUUGCUGGAAUCAUCUAUGGUAACAAAAGGAGAGGGCGUUUGUGCGGUGAGAGCGCACGAUUGCUUCUUAUGUGCAAAGCGCAUGUCAACAGGGAGAUAGGGAGGGAGAGUAAAUGCUGGAGCGCUGCAGAAGUGAGAUGCUACAGGAACGUUGUCGACAGUGAAGAUGACGAUGAAGAUUCCUCAUCCGUUAAGUCUCCCGUCGAGGACACAACAACAGCAUUUGAAGACAUUGAGGAUUUGGAAGACGUUGAAGAAACCCUUUAA